CGAGAUUGGUGAAAGAGGCCCUAAUUUGUUUUGUACGAGUGCCCUUCUCUGGAAAUUGAGAAACCCCCACUCCUCCAUAGCUCGUUUUAGUUUAUUAUUGAACUCAAUGGUGCCAGAUAAUGGUGUGAAGCUAAUAGUGUGAUGGUACGGAAGCGCAAGUCUUCGUUUAUUUCACAUUCAUCAUUUCACGCAUUCUCGUUGAUCCUCUGUCACUGUUACCAUGUUUUAUUAUUGCGAAAUAGUUCCGUCACAUCGAUCGCAUUGGUACAAUGUUCAUUGUCGUGACAUAUCUCACUGUGGAUCGUAAUUGUUAACGCACACGGCAAGCAAAGGUGUGUCACACGACAUAUACGAUCGAAAGAUUGACUCGCCGCUUUUCCGAAGCGAGAAAGAAGAGCGAGUGGGCGGAAGAAAGAAAGAUAGAGAAAGAUACGUAAGGCGGUGUAGCGAGCAAGUAGAACGUACGUUAUCAGGAACAAUCGUGACACAUGAGACAUCGUAAACAUCGUCUGUCGUGACUGUUAGAAGGUGAUAUAGAUUACCCAGUGAUUAUUUAAUUUAUACCCAAUUUAGCGCGGCUGGACGAACGGCAGCAGUGAUCACCGCGCUAAACACCUUUCUCUCCCCAUACCAUCGGUAUUUUACGUUCUUUUGCACGUAUAUUCGUAACAACGUGUGUACGUACAUAGUAAGGUGGACGUACGAAUAUAUAUGUAGUUCAAUUGGAAUCGAUUGGGAAAAAUAAUCAUUGCAUCGACUCUCUGUGACAUUCGCUUGGUAAUAGCGACAGGCGACGGCGUGGUGCUUAUGGUGAUCUCGCGCAUUCCGGCCGGUUACGCCUCGUCUGAGAAAUGUGGUUCUGAAUCGGUUAUUUUCGAUCGAAGAUUUGUUCUCUCGUGGGGAAGAGAUAGUGACUUCUGUACGUGUGUGCGUGUUCGGCUAUUGUUACAUUUGUACAUAUGAUGUGAUUUGUUGUCGUUGUGACGACAGCAAAGGAGAAAAGCAUCCAAGGAAGGAAGAAAAGUGGCGACGAAGACGACGGAGAAGGUCGGAGGAAGUGGGAGAGCGAGAGUGAAUGAGAGAGAGCGUGAGCGAGAGAGAGGCAAGGCGAGAGGUAAGAUGGCGAGCUCCUUAACGUGGUCGUGUUGCCUGCGCUUCAAAUUCAGUCCGGAGGAGAUCGAACAGCGAUACAAGAGUCAAGAGAUCGACCGGAUGCUGGAGAAGGACCGGCAGACGUUUCGCCGGCAGGUGAAGCUGCUGCUGCUCGGCGCUGGCGAGAGCGGCAAGUCGACAUUCCUCAAGCAGAUGCGGAUCAUUCAUGGGAUCAAGUUCGAGCCUGAGCUAAUUAAGGAAUACCAACAUGUGAUCUAUCAGAAUAUAAUAAAGGGUAUGAAAGUUCUUGUGGAUGCACGGGAUAAGUUAAAUAUUCCCUGGGAGAAUCCUAAAAAUUAUGACAUUGGCUUUCAAUUACUCAAGUUCGAGAACACCAUGGUACUGGAUACUAGAUUAUUUCUACAUUAUGUGCCAGCAUUGCAAAGCUUGUGGAAGGAUGCAUCGAUCAGAAGAGCGUUCGAUAGGCGAAGAGAAUUUCAAUUGAGUGAUUCUGUCCAAUAUUUCUUGGAUAAUCUCGACAGGAUUGCGAGAGUGGACUACACACCUACACAUCAAGACAUCUUACACUGUAGAAAAGCGACAAAAGGAAUUUCGGAAUUUGUAAUACCGAUCAAUAAUAUCCCAUUCCUCUUCGUUGACGUUGGCGGCCAAAGGUCUCAGAGGCAAAAAUGGUAUCAGUGCUUCGAUUGCGUGACAUCUAUACUUUUUCUUGUAUCGUCAUCGGAAUUUGACCAGGUUUUAUUGGAAGAUAGGAGGACUAACAGAUUGGAGGAAUCAAAAAAUAUAUUUGAUACAAUCAUAAACAACAUGAUAUUCUGUGGUGUCUCAAUAAUUUUGUUUCUAAACAAAACGGAUUUGCUAGACAAGAAAGUGAGAUCACAGGAUACAAAUGUUCGUUUGUAUUUUCCACAAUUCACGGGUGAUCCACAUUCCAUGAAGGACGUGCAAAAUUUUAUCCUCGACAUGUUUGUUUCGGUUAAGAGGGAUCCGAGGAAGCCGUUGUUUCACCAUUUCACCACCGCGGUGGAUACGGAAAAUAUCAAGGUCGUCUUUAAUGCUGUAAAAGACACUAUUCUGCACCGGAACUUAGAGUCUCUCAUGCUUCAAUAAUGUAGAAGCGGAGGAGAAUAAUUAACUAAGAUAAAAAGCAGCUAGUGAAACAAAGGUACGCGGUCAGAAAUUCAACAUUUAAUAUAUUAUUGAUCUAAUCUGUAGUUUUCGAGGAAUAUUGCAAUACACUAAAAAAGGUCGGAACGCAUUUCGAUAAGACAAUAUAUGUAUAUGGAUGUAUGACUUUUGAAUAUUUACCUUUAUAUAUAGAUACAUUUGUAGUUAAACAAAAAAACUGCCUGAUGUAAAGAGAUAUUGAAAAAUAAUUGACUUUAUGUACAUUGUGUAAGUAUGUAUGCGCGCGCGCGCGCGCGCGUGUGUGUGUGUGUACGCGCGCGCGCGCGUGUGUGCGUGCGUAUGUGUGUGCGCGCGCGCGUACCCACGUGCGUUUAUUAUAUAUACAUGUAUAAUUUUUUAUCAUGUCUAUAUUUUCAUACAGCUCAUAACAUUCCAGCGAUGUUGCAGCAACUUUUCAACAUUUCUGCAAUAUUGCUGUUGCGGUAUUUUUGAAAUGUAGCAACGUUGCUGCAAUAUUGUGAGAAUAUUACAAUAUUGCUGAAAUAUUAUUGCAAUAUUGAUAAAAUGUUGUAAUAGUGAUGAAAUGUUGCUGCAGUAUUACUAUCGCGACGUUACUGCAAUAUUGCUGAAAUGUUAUAUUCUGUGCUGUGUAGGUUUUCAUUGUGUAUAUUUUUGAUGAAUAUCGAAAAAUUGCAACAUUAUUACAUAUGCAAACUCUAUUAUAUAUAAUUAUUUGUAUACUGUCAAUAAUUUCUACCACAUGGAUCGACAUAUUUGUAUAAAAAGAAAGGAUCAGUUACAAAUAAUUCCAUUUAAAUUCCCAUGUUUAUCACAUCCUGAAGAAAUGCUCCCCAGCGAUUCCGGGGUGGUCUUCAUAAUAGAACUUAGGGUCUUCCAAGGUGGUUUUUAGCGAGUAGUGGGGAAGGGGGCUGGACUCCUCCCUGAGUAGGCCUGGAAAGGUCUGGUUCCUUCCUAAGUCUCGCACCAUCCCUGGGCACGGAAGGGGUAGUUCAUCAAGGGUAUUUUCCCCUUGUUAAAAAAAGGAUUCCAAUAUUUAUAUAGAUAUAUAUAAUUCGAUGUUUUUUCUUCCAUGAUUUAAAAUGAUAUAAGAUUGUUAUUGGUUGUUGUGUUAAGCCAUAAUUUGCAAAUUUACAAGUAACAUAUUUUUUACUUAAGAUUUGGUACUUUUUUUGUCUAAAUUUUUGCACCAUUGUUUUUGAUACUCAAACAAUUAAACGGCAAGAACACCAAAUACUAAAUUCAAUACUAGCUAUAUAAACCAAAUAAAGUUAACUAGUUUGUAUUCAAAUUGCUGCAGGAAGAAAAUGAUCACUCAUUUCUUCUUUCGAGGAAAAGAAAUAUUCUAUACAAUAAUAUUUAAAUUCUUGUAUCAUAUUUUAUAAAUUAAUUCCAGACUGUUUUUAUUGUCAAACUGAAACUGUUUCCUUUCUUUAUACAAAAAUUCCAAUAUUGAUUAAUUUCUAAAUUAUUUUUUAUGUAUCUAAUUUUGUGUAUAUCAUGUAUCUAAUGUUGAAUAGAGUUUGUAUGCUUCUUAAAUUAAAUAUUAUAUAAAAUAUAAAUUUUAAAAAAAUACAAUUGCAACUGUUUUAAAUUUUAAUGCAAUUAUAUCACGUGUCGCAAGUGCAACAAAUUUUAUUUGUCUGUUCUGUAUAUUUGAUGACUGAGCCUUUAUUGAUUAUUAUAUAUUUUCGCGGCAGGAAAUUUAAAUAAACUAAUUAGUAUUAUGUUUUUCGUAUUGUGCGAAUUAAUUCUACACAUUAAUUCAGAAAAAUACUUCAAAUUAUUUAAACAAACAUUACUUGUUUCAAGUAUUUCAUAAGUCCCGCAAAUCUAUCACAAGUUUAUCAUAAGUAUCAAAUGUAUUUAAAAUUUGUUCUAAAUCUUAAUAAUUUAAUACUUCAAUAAAAAACAUUAACAAUUCAAAUGAGAUAAGAGGUUCAGAGCCGUGCAGGGUAUUGUGCGCUAAUACAAAAUAAAUACCAAUGUAAAUAAAGUAAACGUUUCGACUAUUUAAUAACUAGUCAUCUUCAGUACAAUGUUUGAAUCUAUAAAAUCGAAACAAUCAAAUAGCAAAUCAUAUCACAAACUUAACGCAACAUUAAUCAAUAAAUUAAGAUCUUACCGGAUAUAUCAGAGAUAUCAGUUUACGUAAACGUACCACAUUGAAACGUGCUUAACAAAAAGUGUCGAAAAGCAUCUUAGUUCGAUGUAUCCUCGAGGAACGAGCGAAGGGACAUCGUUUCCGGAACAUGAAUUUAAGUAAGCCCGUACAAAAAAAAGAGAAAAAAGACAACAAUAUUUAACGCCAGAAUGUAAAAAAUAAAUACAGAUAAAAAUAAUAAUAAAUAUAAUAGAUAGAGAGCUGUACAAGUCAAGAUAAUAAAAUUUUAAGAAGGAAAAAACUAAUGUAAAGUCAAAAUAUAACAACAAAAAAUAAUAAAUUAAAAGCUGUACAAGUCUAAUAAUAAAAUUCUAAAAUGGAAUACAUUUACAAUUUUAACAUGAAAGGAAUAGUAUAGAUCAUACCUAUUUGCUUCCUCGAGGAUACAUCUCGAACUAAGACGUUUUUCGACACUUUUUGUUAAGCACGUUUCAAUGUGGUACGUUUGCGUAAACUGAUAUCUCUGAUAUAUCCGGUAAGAUCUUAAUUUAUUGAUUAAUGUUGCGUUAAGUUUGUGAUAUGAUUUGCUAUUUGAUUGUUUCAAUUUUAUAGAUUCAAACAUUGUACUGAAGAUGACUAGUUAUUAAAUAGUUGAAAUGGUUAUUUUAUUUACAUUGAUAUUUAUUUUGUAUUGGCACACAACACCCUGCACGGCUCUGAAGCUCUUCUUGUCUCAUUUGAAUUGUUAUUCUUUAGGAGCCUUGAACCUUGUAUUUAUUUUCUAAUUUUUUAAAAAAACAUUAAGUUAAAACAAAAUUUUGGCUUACUACUUUGAUUUUGGUUUCUCGAUGAAAUUUUAUAAUAUUCUUUGAAAAGAUAUAAAUUAUUUUUCCGUGUAAAUGAUAACGAGUUUUUCUGAAAUUUGUGAUGAAUAUUUUAAGACUAUUAUUAAAAAAAAAUUUUUCUUGAAAGAAGGGAGAAUUGAAUAAUCACUUUUCCUAGCAGUAGUAUUGAGAUUUUUUUGUAUAUUUGUUCAUGACUUUCCAUAUUACUUGCUAGAUUGGAACGGCAAUUUGUAUGAAACAUUUAAUUUAGCAUUACAAAUUUGAUAUUGUAUUUAUUUACACGCAUGCAUAUUUGUUUAUAUCUUGUUAUUUUACAAUUGCAAAUGGAUGUCAGUUGUAAAAUCUGACAAUUUGGACUGAACCAUUGUAAUUAGCAAAAAUUCUGAAGAAAGUGAAAUAUAUGAUAUAAAAUUAUUAUCAAAUCGCGUGUGUUUCUGGCAACAAAUGUCAUAGUAUCUUUUAUUUUGCGCACAUUAAUUGUAUCCAAAGAUUGUGUGUAAUGACGUCGACGAUUAGUCAGCUUAAUUAUAUUUAUUAGGUCGAUGCAAAAAUAAUGUCAACUUUUAACAUUCAACUUCGAUCAAGUUGAUCCAAAUGAUGAAUAAUCGAUUGAUUAACUUAGUUCCUGUGCAAUUUUUUGAGUGAUUUUUAAUGGAUUUAAUUAUUACCUUCAACUGGUCGUUGUCAAUAGCUGCAGGUCCCGAUCUUAUUCAUCUUCAAGGUUUUCAUCUUUGUUACAAAAUUUUUUAAAUUAUUGUACUAUCUGUUCGUUUGCAGUGCCCUGGCCAAAUGUAUUAAUUUUUCGAUUCUUCUAAUAUUUUAGAGCCUAAUUUGAAUUUUCGACUCUUACAAAAAAAUUGCUUGGAAUUACUUGUUUUUAUUUUUAAUAAAAAUAAUAAUUGAUCACGAAGUUAAAACCAAGACCAAAAUUACUAGCACAAUGAAUAAAGCAGUAUCUGCGUUUGAAAAUGAUGCAUCAAUUGAACAUAACUUUAUUGUAGAAUAAAGGGUCAAAAUUUAAAACAGUAAAAAUCUAAUAUUAUUUUUGCAUCAAUUUAAUAGCGAAUUCGAUUGGACGCACUAAUGCAUACUGAUGUAUAUUAAAGCCGUUGUACACAGUCAAUGAUAUGUGUUUAAUUUAAAUUAAAGUAAUUGAAAAUGUGUAUUUAAUGUAAAUAUAUAAACGGAUUAAAUUUUCAAUAUAUUUAAAUAUACUCCUCAGUAUAUAAACGUGAAAUCCUCAAUAUAUUUUAUUAUGCUGUUUUGUAAAAUAUGUAUUUUAUUAUUCGAAAUAUUUGUAUUUUAUUUUUACACUUAAUUAGAUUUGUGUACAAUGGCUUUAAUGUACACCAGUACACUAGUGCAGUCCAAUUGAGUUCGCUAUAAUAAAAUCAAGAUGUUUCUAUAUGUAUUGUUCUAUAUUAUUCUAUUUGUUGUAUACAUUUCUCCGAAUAUCGUUGCAGUUAUACUACUAGCCAUUCCAAUUCCGUUACAUAAAAUAUUUGUUAUUUUUAACAAACGAAAGUUCAAUAAAGCGAAGUAAGUUUGCUAAUAAGUAAAUUCCCAAGCAGCUCAGAAGCUUGCAGCAACAUUUACAUAUUGCAUUGCAAUGUUACAAAGAUUUUUUGCAGUAUUAUUUCAGCAAUGUUGCAAUAGCGUUUGAAAAAUAUUGUUUUAAAAAUAAUGUUUCACCCGCAAGUACCGCAAGGAAGAAGGCGGUACUUAGAGAAAUACGGCGGUAUUUUAUUUCUUUUAAUUGAAAUCGACACAAGAGAGAAUAAAAAACGCAUAAUAUGAAAUUUUUAAUAAAAUGAUUUCUUGAGAGGAUGCUGAAGAUGUCAUUUUUUACUGAUUAAAAGCGAUUAAUUUUUACGCAUGCUAUUUUUCUAAUUGCAUUUACAUCUAAUUACAGAUUUAAAAAUCUUCAGUUAAAGUAUGGGCAUUAAUGUACCUCAUAGUGGUCGACUUCAUGUCGAGAACGUUAAUUUUAUAUCUUUUAUCUUAGUUCAAUAUGACAUCUAGAGUUUUUGAUACGAAAGCUUAUAUAAAGCAAGUUUUAUACAAAUAUUUGACAGUCUUCCUACAAAAUGAGAUUACUGCGAGAUGCAAAUUACACAUAAAAACAACGUAAAGUUUCCGAAAUUUGACUUAGAAGUAUAAUAUGAAAGAUUUGCGUGCCUGAAAAUUUGUGUAUGCUACGAAGCUGAACAAUCGUAAAUGGAGUAGUUAUUGUGCGACACAGUAGGUGACAGAUCUUACAUUAGAUAGCGCUAAAGUCAAAGAACAAGGAUAGAUGAUAUACUUAUGAGUGCGUUGAACAAAGAGCAGUAACCCACUCGCUUAGUCUUUGCGCUACUUCCGUUAUCCUUCGCCCCGCGUGCAACCGUGUGACACUCGACUUUUGCAAAAAAAAAAAAAAGAGAGAAUCUAAUACCGCCAUCAAGUGAGUUCAAGUGUUACUUCAGCAUCCCCUUAAACUCUUUACGUUACGCUGUAGUUCUGGGAGCUACCAUCUAAGCUUAUUUUAUCAAUGAAUCAAUUUUUUCACGUAUUUCUUUAGCAUGUUUUGUAUUGUUGGAUUGCUAAGGGUUUUUUCUAACUAAUAAAUUAGGUUUUAGAAUUAUAUUUUAAAUAAAUAGUUUGUUAUUAAUAAAUAUAUAUUGAAAAAUUGUCGUUUUUAAAGAUUAAUUUGUUUGCAUCAAAUUUUACAUAAAAACUUAUACUUUAGAAUCACUAUCUAAGAGUUUUUGAGGUCGCUGAGUACGAAUCUGAUGUUAACAAUUCAAAAUAGUGGCUCUAAUAUGACGGACAAAGGUUAUCAAAAUCCACUGGAUUUACUUGAAAUUUAUUAUUCAGGUGUUUUUGAGGUCUGAUUAUGAAUCCGAUAUCAAAAAUACAAAAUUCGAAAUGCCAGAUGUAAUAUAACGGACCAAUAUGGCAAACGUAAUUUUUCAAGUUUCAAGCUAAUUCGAUUGAUUUUGAAAAUUCCGUCUGUCCUAUGGAUCCAUUUUUAAUUUUGUAUUUUUGACACCGGAUUCAUACUCAGCGACCCCUAAAAAUCCCCAGAUAACAAAAGUUUCACAAAAUUAUAUUUACUAGAAACAAGUGCCACAAAGGAUUAAAAGGCAAAUCUCUAAAAUUGUGUUUGAAGGUGAAAGUAAAUGUGAUGUAGUUUAACAGUAAAAUAUUUACAUCUUUUCUUUAAAAAUUAAUUCAGAAAUAUUUAAGAGGAUGCUGACGUAACGGAAUGAUUAAUAUUACAAGUUUGAAUUUUCUUCAAAUUGACUUUACAAAAUCGAAACCCUUUUACAUGUUUUAUACACAGUAAUAUGUACUAAAAUUCUGUUUUUUUUAACAAAAAAUUUAAUUAUAUACGAUAUGUUCAAUUAUAUACGUUGAUUUUUUAACUUUUUUUUUUGUUUUAAAGCUCAAGUUGGAGUAUCUCAGCAUUUAUUAUUGUACAUACUUCAAGUGUAUUGCAUAAAACAGUUUUUAAUUCUGUAAAAUCAAUUCAAAGAAAAUUAAGAUAUGUCGGUAAUUCUGUCAGUAAUUCCUACAGUAUCCUCUUAAUGGUAACUGAAACUGAAAUAAUAUAACAAAUUAUAAAAGAAAUAAUACGUUGUAAUAUUGCUGCAAUGUUGUGAUAUUGCAAUGUUUUUAAAAGUGGACCAUUGCUGCAAUGUUGCAGCAAUAUUGCAGCAACAAUUCGCAAUAUUUUUAUAAUGUUACUAUCAUGCGAUUAAAUAUUUCUGCAAUAUUGCUGUAAUUUUUCUGUACUGUAUGGGUUUAUAAUAUGCAAUUUUGUUUUGUAUGUCUGUCUCUGUUGUGUAUGUAAAAAGGUAUUCAAAGGUCAUGUCGUGUUUAAUCUCUUUUAUAUAUUACUUUAUACGAACAGCUGAUUAUAUAAAAAAAUGAUAGGUAAUCAGUAUAUUUUGUAAAUGAAAUUUUUACAUUCCUACGAAGAAGGAAUCAGGUCCAAUUUAUGUAAUUGAUAACUUUUACAUCGUUUUUAUAACAAUAACAUUGCUCUGAGCAUACUUUGUUUUUAUAUUAGUUAAUUUACACAGAAUUAAUGUGUUGAUGCUCAUCACGCGAGAAAUGCCUAAGAUUUAUAAGAGAAAAAUAUAUAAUACUGCGACAUUUGUCGCAAUAACAAAUUCAUAAAUAUAAUUCUAGUAAUUAUUCUAUACACAGUAAACCUUGCUUAAUGGAAAAUUCUUUUGAUACUCAAAUUGUCAAAUUUUAAAUACGCAAGGUUGUUAGCGG